GGUCGGAGGGAAUGUGUUUAGGAAAGCAAGAAGAGGGAAAAACCUCAAGAAGAAGUAGAAGUUGGCUGCUGGAUGUCAUCAAGUUGGAGGAGUCGGAGCUCACCCACACACACACACACACACACACACACACACGCACACACACACACACGCACACACACACACACACCACGGGACAGCAGAGGACAGGAGGACAGCGGCGUGGACGCUCGCGUGAAAAGGACGUGAGAGUAAAAGCAGACGUGGACUAAAAAACUUCGGACUUUUCCACUCUUAGUUUCAACUCCUUUUGAUUCCACGCAGGACUUUUUUUUCUUUCUUUCUUUUUGUGCCAAAUGUUGACUUUGGACGCCACGGGACACGUCGCCUGAGUGCGCGUGCGCGGACAGGUGGUGCAGCUGUAAUAAGUCCAGCAACAUGGCAAAGUUGUGAAGUGGAUCCUCCUUCCCUCGUCAAGACAUGAUGAAGAGUGUGAAGAGGAAGCUGUACGUGCUGAUGGACGUCAUGUGUGUGCUCGUGGCGGCACUGCCCUUCAUUGUCAUGACCAUCGUCUCCAAACCUUACCAGCGAGGCGUGUACUGCGACGACGAGAGCAUCAAGUACCCACUGAAGCCCGACACCAUCAGCCACGCCAUGCUGGCCGCCGUCACCAUCUCCUGCACCGUCGUCAUCAUCACAUCAGGAGAAGCGUACCUGGUGUACAGCAAGAGGAUCUACUCCAACUCCGACUUCAACCAGUACGUAGCGGCGCUCUACAAGGUGGUGGGCACCUUCAUGUUUGGAGCGGCGGUCAGCCAGUCGCUCACCGACCUCGCCAAGUACACCAUCGGCCGCCCGAGGCCCAACUUCAUGGCGGUGUGCGCGCCCCGGGUGUGCACGGGCUACGUGCACGCCAUCAACUGCACGGGAAAGCCGCAGGACGUCACCGAGUCGAGGCUGUCCUUCUACUCGGGUCACUCCUCUUUUGGCAUGUACUGCAUGCUCUUCCUGGCGCUCUACGUGCAAGCCAGGCUGCAGGCCAAGUGGGCUCGCCUCCUCCGGCCCACCAUCCAGUUCUUCUUGGUGGCCUUCGCCGUCUACGUGGGCUACACGAGAGUCUCCGACUACAAGCACCACUGGAGCGACGUGCUGAUGGGGCUGCUGCAGGGGGCGCUGGUCGCCGCGCUCAACGUGCGCUUCGUGUCAGACUUCUUCAAGAAGCGUCCUCCACGCCGCAACAAGCAGGAGCGCGGCGAGAGCGAGGAGGCGGAGAGGAAAGCCAGCCUUCAGUUUGUGGACUCUGAGCACGCCAACCAUUACAACUCUCACCCCGUGUGAUGAUGGCACCACACCUCCCACACACACACCUGUGUGAUGAUGGCGCCACACCUCCCACACACACACCUGUGUGAUGAUGGCGCCACACCUCCCACACACACACCUGUGUGAUGAUGGCGCCACACCUCCCACACACACACCUGUGUGAUGGUGUCACACCUCCCACACACACACCUGUGUGAUGGCGCCACACCUCCCACACACACCUGUGUGAACUACGCCCACUUUUACCCCCUUCAAGUCCAGCCAGACCCAGACUCUUUGGCUCGUGGUUCUCCUUCCUCCAUCUUCCCCACUACCACUAGACCCACACUGCACCUCCUCCUCCUCCUCGGGAACGCAGGAAACAAAGAUGGCCGAGGUGGAGGCCACAAGAUGACUCCCAAGACGCUGUGGCGCUACGUCGCAAAAGUUUCUCUUCACUUCCAUUUAUACCGGCACUUUUUUUUUUUUUUUUUUUUUCCUUCGGCCGGAAGGAAAACUUUUCAGCUCAGCUCGGACACUUCAUUAGGUACACCUGCGCACGCCGACGGGAUCAACACACGCGACAAUUCUGCUUUUACAAAGCGAUGACAAAAAUCAUCUAUUUUUGAUUGAAUCCUGGUUUGUUUGUGACUAUUCUUAAUUGAUUCAAAAGGGCAAUAAUUAAUAAUAAUUUAAAGGCCUACUGAAAUGAGAUUUUCUUAUUUAAACGGGGAUAGCAGGUCCAUUCUAUGUGUCAUACUUGAUCAUUUUGCGAUAUUGCCAUAUUUUUGCUGAAAGGAUUUAGUAGAGAACAUCGACGAUAAAGUUUGCAACUUUUGGUCGCUAAUAAAAAAGCCUUGCCUGUACCGGAAGUAGCAGACGAUGUGCGUGUGAUGUCACGGGUUGUAGAGCUCCUCACAUCCUCACAUUGUUUACAAUCAUGGCCACCAGCAGCGAGAGCGAUUCGGACCGAGAAAGCGACGAUUUCCCCAUUAAUUUGGGCGAGGAUGAAAGAUUCGUGGAUGAGGAAAGUGAGAGUGAAGGACUAGAAAAAGAAAGAAAAGACAGGGCCGUGUGAGCGAUUCAGAUGUUAUUAAACACAUUUACUAGGAUAAUUCUGGAAAAUCCCUUAUCUGCUUAUUGUGUUACUGGUGUUUUAGUGAGAUUAUAUGGUCGUACCUCAAAGUCGGAGGGGUGUGGUGACCGCCAGUGUCUCUGAGGGAAGCCACGUUUCUCAACCAGUGCCACCCACACUGGUUUAAAAAUAUAACUUAGAUAUUGGGUUUCACUAUGUAAAACGCUUUGAGUCACUAGAGAAAAGCGCUAUAUAAAUAGAAUUCACUUCACUUCAACAAGGCGAAGCGAAGGCAGCCGUUGGGGCUGGGCUGAGAUUUUAAUUUUUUUUCCCCCUCCUCCACGGUGGAAGCAUCCCACGUUCAGGGGCGGCCGGUCGGAGGUAGCAAGAGAGUCCGCAGCCGCCUCUUUGACAGGUGCACAAUGAACGACACAAGCUCUCCGCUCAUGUCUACGGUAAGAUCCGACUUAUUACCACAAUUUUCUCACCGAAACCGGCGUGGUAGGGAACUUUGUUCGCUUCACCUUCAUUUUUCGGGAAUGUAAACAAAGAAACACCGGCUGUGUUUGUGUUGCUAAAGGCAGCCACAAUACACAGCUUUCCACCAACAGCAUUCUUCUUUGACGUCUCCAUUAUUAGUUGAAAAAAAUUGCAAAAGAUUCAGCAACACAGAUGUCCAAAAUACUGUGUAAUUAUGCGAUGAAAAGAGACAACUUUUAGCCUUAAGUGGUGCUGGGCUAAUAUGUCCUGAAAUGAGAUUUUCUGAUUUAAACGGGGAUAGCAGGUCCAUUCUAUGUGUCAUACUUGAUCAUUUCGCGAUAUUGCCAUAUUUUUGCUGAAAGGAUUUAGUAGAGAACAUCCACGAUAAAGUUCGCAACUUUUGGUCGCUAAUAAAAAAGCCUUGCCUGUACCGGAAGUAGAAGCCAAUGUGCACGUGACGUCACCGGUGUGAGGGCUCGUCACAUCCUCACAUUUUUUACAAUCAUGGCCACCAGCAGCUAGAGUGAUUCGGACCGAGAAAGCGACGAUUUUCCCAAUAAUUUGAGCAAGGAUGAAAGAGUCGUGGAUGAGGAAAGUUAGAGUGAAGCACUAAAAAUAUAUAUAUAUAUAUAAUAAUAAUAAUAAAAGGCGACGGCUCCAGACGGCGGCAGUGUGAGCGUUUCAGAUGUAAUUAGACACAUUUACUAGGAUAAUUCUGGAAAAUCCCUUAUCUGAUUAUUAUGUUAAUAGUAUUUUAGUGAGAUUAUAAAGUCAUACCUGAAAGUCGGAUGGCUGCAGUGAACGCCAGUGUCUCUGAGAGAAGCCGAGGAGCCAAGAUCACAGCUGCCUUUUUGAGCUGCAGGAUGAGGCCGCGUAAUCCACUCAAUUCUCCGGUAAGAGCCGACUUAAUAUCACAAUUUUCCCAUCCAAAAACUUGCUAGUUGACGUAGAGAAACAUGUUCGCUUGACCGCUCUUUGUUUAAGCUUCACAACAAACAAAGAAACACCGGCUGUGUUUUGGUUGCGAAAGGCAGCUGCAAUCCACCGCUUUCCACCAACAGCAUUCUUCUUUGACGUCUCCAUUAUUAAUUGAACAAAUUGCAAAAGAUUCAGUAACACAGAUGUCCAGAAUACUGUGUAAUUAUGCGAGAAAAGCAGACUACUUUUAGCUACAAUCCGUCACGUCACGCGCACACGUCAUCAUUCCGCGACGUUUUCAACAAGAUACUUUGCGGGAAAUUUAAAAUUGCAAUUUAGUAAACUAAAGCGGCCGUAUUGCCAUGUGUUGCAAUGUUAAUAUUUCAUCAUUGAUAUAUAAACUAUCAGACUGCGUGGUCGCUAGUAAUGGCUUUCAGUAGGCCUUUAAGUCAUCUUAAUUCACUUCACAUCUCAUGACACACUAUAUGUAUUUAAUAUGGCUUUUAAUUUUUGGCGGCUCCAGACGGAUUUGUUUUUGUAUUUUUGCUCCAACGUGGCUCUUUCAACAUUUUGGGUUGCUGACCCCUGGUAUAGGAGGUCACUUUAAAAUGUAUUCACUUUUUUUUUUUUUUUUCAUUCAUCCAGAUUCAAAAUUCAUUCAUAGUUUUCAAAAAUCGAUUAAAAAUGUAUUUUUAAUACAUUUUCACAUUUAAAAAAAAAUACUUGUUUUUCUUCUAACAUUUUUAGACCAUCUCCAUAUAACCAGAAAUACCUGUUUUGAAAAAGUCCCAUUAUAAUUAUUCAUUAUUAUACCAAAUAACACGUUUUGUUUGUAAAAUGGCUCGUGAAUGGAAUAGUUUGGUAGCCAAAGAGUCCGAGUCACUAUACAGUUCUACGUCUACAUCAGGGGUGUCCAAAGUGCGGCCCGGGGGCCACUUGUGGCCCGCAGCUAAUCAUUUCCCGGCCCUCCACACAUUCUGCAAAAAUUGCAAAAUUGAUAGUAUUGCAAAAAUAAAAACAUUUUAAAAAAGUGGAAUAAGGUGAAAUCUAAUAAGGAAAAGUGGCAAUGUUGACACAAAGCUGCCAUGCAGGCAUUUUUUUUUGUUCCAUUUGUCUUUCUUUUUUUUUUUCCAUUGCUCAAAAAAAAAGGACAAAAAAUCUAUGUAAUACUGAAUUAUUACUUAAAAAUUAUCACUUUGAAAAAUUUUGCAUAUGUUGUGGGGUUGCCAUAUAAAAACAACAUUUUGACAAAAGAGCAUAAAACAAACCAAAUAAUAGUUCAAACUUAAAAUCGACGGAUAUAUCGGAAGUUGAGCUUGAAAUUUAAGUGUUAAAAGUAAAAAAAACAACUAAUAAAAAUGCAUCACUUUAUGAGUGGGGAACUUUUCAGAUCUCAAAUAUUUUUAGUAGGAUUUUAUUUAACUUUUGACUGUGAUUACUCAAAAAUAUUAAAUCAUUAAAAUCAAUGGUGUCCUGCAUUAUUGAUCUUUGAGGGCUUUAAUUGAUAAAUAAAGGAACUCUCCUGAAGGAAUCAAUAAAGUACUAUCCAUCUAUCUAAAUACUGAAUAUUUCAGUUUUACUAUAAAAAAACAAAGUUGUCUUUGACAGAAAAGGCAUAAAACCUUAUUUGUUUUACUUUAUAUCAACCUCAAGUUGACACAGAGAUUUACUGUAAGCAUUAAAUUAAAAAAAAUAACAAUAAUUUGACUUAUUUUUAACAUUUUAGUGACUGAAACCCUCUAUGCUCCCCAGGAGCCCUAAGGAUAAAAAAAAAAAAUCCAUAUAUUUUGUUAUGGUUUGAAAAUGAAAAAUAUCAAAAUGGCCCCCUUAAAUUUUUCCAUGUCUUUGUGGAAAAAGUUUGGACACCCCUGGUCUACAUCAACAACACAAGCAGUAAGCAGCAGCCCAGAUGUCACACCUUUUUAUAGCGCAUACUGACAUUUAGUCAAUUUUUUUUUUUUUAACUGCACCCGGGGGUUGCCUACGGCCGCAGAGGUAUUAUAGUCAGCAUGUGUACGUCCACAAUGAGUUGUGUUUAAUACAGAGUUGUGAGUUGGAGGUAAGAACGUGGCUUCCUGGCAGACUGCGUACCACUAGCACCACCUCGCCAGGUCCACUUCAACAAUCCUGGGGAAAUUCUCUUCUUUUUUUUUUACUAUACCGGGAGAGAUGAAUUUAAUUUAUUGUAAAAAUGUGUUUGUAUUGUGCAAUCACCCUGCUUGCCACUUUGAGCCGCACGGACGCUCCCCGUGAGAAUGCUGCGAAGGAUGAGUGUGUUUGUAGCAGGGGUCACCAACCUUUUUGAAACCAAGAGUACUUCUUGGGUACUGAUUAAUGCAAAGGGCUACCAGUUUGAUACACACUUUAAAAAAUUGCCAGAAAUAGCCAAUUUGCUCAAUUUACCUUUAAUAAAUAAAUCUAUAUAUAUAAAAAGAAUGGGGAUUUCAGUUUGUCAUUCCGUCGUACAUUUUUUUUCCUUUUACGGAAGGUUUUUUGUAGAGAAUAAAUGAUGAAAAAAACACUUAAUUGAUCGGUUUAAAAGAGGAGAAAACUUGAAAAAAAUGUAAAUACAAUUUUGAAACAUAGUUUAUCUUCAAUUUCAACUCUUUAAAAGUCAAAAUUCAACCGAAAAAAAGAAGAGAAAAACUAGCCAAUUCGAUUUUUUUUUUUAAAUAAUAAAAAAAGAAUUUAUGGAACAUGAUUAGUGAUUUUUCCUGAUUAAGAUUAAUUUUGAAAUUUUGAUGACAUGUUUUAAAUAAGUUAAAAUCCAAUCUGCACUUUGUUAGAAUAUAUAACAAAUUGGACCAAGCUAUAUUUCUAACAAAGACAAAUCAUUAUUUCUUCUAGAUUUUCCAGAACAAAAAUUGUCCAGGGUGUACCCUGCCUUCCGCCCGAUUGUAGCUGAGAUAGGCGCCAGCGUCCCCCGCAACCCCAAAAAGGGAAUAAGCGGUAGAAAAUGGAUGGAUGGAUGGAAAAAUGUUAAAAGUAAUUCAAAAGACUUUGAAAUAACAUUUAAAUUUGAUUCUACAGAUUUUCUAGAUUUUUGAAUUUUAAUCAUAAGUUUCAAGAAAUAUUUCACAAAUAUUCUUCGUCGGAAAAAAAGAAGCUUAAAAAUGAAGAAUUUAAUUAAAAUGUAUUAAUUAUUCUUUACCAUAAAAAAAAUAAAUUUACCUGAACAUUGAUUUAAAUUGUCAGGAAAGAAGAGGAAGGAAUUUAAAAGGUAAAAAGAUAUAUGUGUUUAAAAAUCCUAAAACCAUUUUUAAGGUUGUAUUUUUUUCCUCUUAAAUUGUUUUUCUGAAAGUUAUAAGAAACAAAGCAAAAAAAUAAAUUAAUUUAUUUAAACAAGUGAAAACCAAGUCUUUAAAAUAUUUUCUUGGAUUUUCAAAUUCUGUUUGAGUUUUGUCCCUCUUAGAAUUUAAAAUGUCGAGCAAAGCGAGACCAGCCUGCUAGUAAAUAAAUACAAUUUAAAAAAUAGAGGCAGCUCACUGGUAAGUGCUGCUAUUUGAGUUAUUUUUAGAACAGGCCAGCAGGCGACUCAUCUGGUCCUUACGGGCGACCUGGUGCCCGCGGGCACCGCGUUGGUGGCCCCUGCUUUAUAUAUACAUAUAUAUAUAUAUAUAUAUAUUCUUGGUGAUGAUGUUCCACGUCGCACGUGGACGCCAGAUGUCCUCCGCCAUGCUGACAUUGUUGCUCCGGAGCAGACGACAGGUCCGACACAGACCGGAGCCGGUGUGCUUUUGACAUGUCUUUGUUUGCAAUAGAAGUAUAAACAUUAGGCGAGCACUAAAAGCAACAAGCAGGUGUGGAGCCCAACAUUUAGCAAGAGUUGAUGUACGUGUACAGAAUGUACAGUAUGUUAUGUUUUAUUGCAGGUACUUUCACCUUGUAACAUUCUUCUGCUUUCCUUUUAAAGUUGUGUUUUAAUAAAUAUGUCAUCUGCAUUCA